AUUUUUCCUUCUGUGUGGAGACCUUCGGGUAUUUGUCCUGUAUUUUCUGAAAUAAAAAGCUACCACCUGGCUGGCUCAUCAUGAACAUCUCAGAGCAGAUCUCAUUCCUCUUCAGCUGUAACGUCAGCCCAAGCGAGAUGCCAAAGCUCGACAUCAGUGUCACCAAAAGAGAGCCGUUGAUGAUUGCCGUCCCCAUGACUGUCUUCUACACCGUGCUGUUCUUGUUUGGAGUGUUAUUCAAUAGUGUGAGCAUACUCACCCUCCUCAUGGAUGCCCAUAUGAAAGUCAGUGCCAUUCGUUUAUACCUACUCAGUUUGGUUGUAUCAGACAUUUUACAACUGUUGACCAUCCCAGUAACGCUGUACCGGUAUUACUGGGAGAGCUAUCCGUGGCGACUUGGCCAAGCUGUGUGCAAAGUCUACUUCAUGGUGCGCCAGAUGUAUUGUGCUACGACAAGCUGGGUUAUUGUGACCUUCACCACAGAACGAUAUGCAGCAAUUUGUCACACCAUGUGGUCUGUCUCAAGUCUGAAGAAAUCUCGACUGCCAUGCCUUGUAACUGUAUGGAUAGUUUCUCUGGUCUCAGCUGUGCCCUUUGCUCUGGUCUAUGACCAGACGCGAGCCUGUAUCCUGGACUACACAGCAACCAAUCCAGAAGAUGCCUUCAAGGUCUCUACCAUGUGUGAAAUGACAGAGCCUGAUCCUGCCCAUAUCUACAAAGGAGCAUUGCUUCUGAGAGCAGGAAUCUUCUUUCUGGUCCCACUGGUAUCCAUCUUUACUCUGUAUAUGCUCAUCCUGUUCUACCUAAAGAAGAAUAGUCGUCAAAGGAGAAACAUGGGUCUGAUGAGACCAGACCUGGAGGGAAGACGAGAUAUCCAGUGCCAUCAGAAUGGAAAGCUUCUGUUAAAUGAAAAGAGAGCUCUAAAACUCAUGGGUGCAGUUGUUGUGGCUUUUUUUGUAUUCAACUUUCCAGACAUUGCAUCAUCAUUGAUGCAGGUGUACGUGGUCGUGUGGUCCGACACAGUCCUUUCUGUCUACACGGUGCUGAAAUCAUAUUUGUCACUCCCGCUGUGGUACAUCAACGGUGCCCUGGAUCCGUUACUGUUCUGUAUUUCCUCCCACACCUUUCGCCGGGCAUGCUGGAGAACUUUAGGCAGGUUCAGACCUCACUGCUCCUGGAGGUAUUGGAACUUGUCCUGGCUAAGGCCACGUAAUUCCAGUGAGGAGCCGAACACAUUAGCCAGUAUGAAGACUGAUGGUAAAUUAUCCGGAGAAAAAAGAGAAACAAGACCACAUGCAAAGCAAAUAUGACACCUGCAGAAAGAUGUGAGAAGCCUUUCAACAUCUGCGGAGAUAAAAAAAAAAAAAAAAGGAUAAUGUGCUUUUCCUUUCAUGCUGCUUAGACCCAUAUUGUAUGCUACUCGGUUUUCUUUCAUUUGCUUCUGCUAAUGUAGUCAAAAAGUGAUAUGAUGGAUAUUCUUUGCACCUUUGUAAAUAUCCGAAAAAUGUUUCCUGUGAUUAAACAUGUGGAAUGUGCCCGUGGUGUGGUAUUAUGUCAAUGUUUUGAAAAGGGUUUUUUGUUGUGUAGCUACAGAAGAAAAAUAUUGUAUGUGUAAAGAUAAUUUUACUGUAAUGAGAUUGCUGGUGUGCUGUGUGUUGCUAUACUGUCAACAGCUGUAUGUUGUAAGGUAAUAGGAGUUUUGUUUUUUGUUUGCUUUUUUAUUCAAACUGCUACAUACACAUUUAUUCUUUAGUCUCAUAAACAAUAAAG